AUGCCUUCGGACAUUCGUCAAGAUCUUGGACAUCCAGAGACUCAGCAUGUAGUAGAAGAAGAAGAGGAGGAGGAGGAGGAGGAGGACUACAAUGGAUUAUUUGCUGAUAAUGAGGUUGCCGAGAGUACGCCCAGAGUAAAUGGGAUAUUAUCAAGCGGAGAUGACAGCAAUGGUGGAGGAGAACCAGAACCAGAAGAAAAAGAACCCCCCGUCUCAUGGAGUCAACUUCCCAAAAAGACGCAACUACUCAUCCUGGUCCUGGCCCGAUUAUCAGAACCGUUAACGCAGACCUCGCUUCAAGCAUACCUAUUCUACCAACUCAAAUCCUUUGACCCUUCGCUCCCGGACUCGGCAAUCUCGAGACAAGCUGGGAUAUUUCAAGGAAGCUUUACCGCUGCUCAGUUCUUGACAUCUGUAUGGUGGGGGAGAGCGGCUGAUUCGCCCUGGGUGGGCAGGAAACGAGUUCUUUUGGUGGGAUUGUUUGGGACGCUGAUAUCGUGCGUCGGAUUUGGGUUUUCGAGAUCCUUUACGGCUGCAAUUAUAUUCCGGAUUAUGGGUGGGUUGAUGAAUAGUAAUGUCGGAGUCAUGAGGACGAUGAUUUCGGAGAUUAUCGUGGAGAAGAAAUAUCAAUCACGCGCUUUUCUACUACUGCCAAUGUGUUUCAAUGUUGGUGUGAUUAUAGGACCUAGUCUGGGUGGUUUUCUGGCAGAGCCGGUUACAACUUUUCCGGGCAUUUUUGGACCGGGUUCCUUAAUCGGUGGUAAAGACGGUGUAUGGUGGAUGCGACAUUGGCCUUAUGCAUUUCCGAACCUCAUCAGUGCGGUGUUUAUUCUCUCGUCCUGGGCCGGAGUGUUCUUUGGUUUAGAGGAGACUCACGAAGCACUCAGACAUCAGCCUGACUGGGGUCGAAGAAUGGGUAGCGUAAUAGCCAGAAGAUUCAGACGACACCAAGGACACAAAUAUCGUCGACUAGACGAUGAUGAAAGAUCCGUCUUUCCUGAGGAGGACGACGAUUUGGUUCCACCUAGUCCGACGAGACACACACAUCCUCCACCCAUACGCAAAAAGUCCCCUUGGAAACAACUGCUCCACAGAAAUGUCAUAUUAACUCUCCUUACCCACUCACUCCUCGCAAUGCACACCAGCGCCUUCAACGCCAUGACUUUCGUUUUCCUCCCAACACCCCGUGCCCCCGAAGAUAGCCGCAGAGGUUUCUUCCAUUUCAACGGCGGUCUAGGUCUAACAACCCAACAAGUCGGCAUCGCUACUUCGGUCAUUGGCCUUAUCGGCCUCCCGUUACAACUUUUCGUCUAUCCACGAGUCCAAUUCCGUCUCGGCACAUUGAAAUCUUUACGCACGUUUCUGCCCCUGUCACCAUUGGCAUAUACACUCAUGCCAUUUCUGGUCUUGAUUCCUCGAUGCGCUCAGUAUCUUAUAUGGCCAUCUUUUAGCUUCGUGGUGGCAUUACAAGUCCUUUCGAGGACGUUCGUGCUGCCUGCUGCAAUUAUACUUGUCAAUAACUCCGUGUCUGAUUCUUCUGUUCUCGGGACGAUCCAUGGUGUGGCGCAGAGUAUAUCGAGCGGUGCCCGGACGUUGGGACCGUUUCUUGGUGGGUUGGGAUUGAGUUUGGGCUUGUCACAUAAUAUUAUUGGUGCUGUGUGGUGGGCUUUGGCGGUGGAAGCGUUGUUGGGUUGGGUUGUGAGUUGGUCGAUAUUUGAGGGGGAGGGGAUUCAGAGGAAGAUGAAGCAGAUUGUUCAGGAGGAAGAGGAAGAAGCUUUGCUGGAAUCGGAGACUGAGAUUGAAAGGCGAUAG